GCCUGUAGCUUCAUGAUAUUUGUGUACUAUGACAAACGGGAGAGUUAUCCGCGACUGCGUCACACUCUACUGAACACAUUGCCAAUUUGAUACUUGCAUAGACUUUAAGUGAUCUUAUAUUUAUAACAUUCACAUCUUUCUUAUUAUUGGUCCGUUUUAUUUCUAACUUCCGCCUUUUAGUUACGCUUAUUUUUUCGUUUUCAAACAAAUGAACUUAUUACAAGGGUCGUAUUGCCCUUUAAGUAAAACUACAUGUAAACAUCGGGAUGCAUGUGCCUCGUAACCAUAAAAUGUCGUUUUUUUAUAUUCUGAUAUGUAAGCAAAAUAAAAUGAAAAGGGGAAUCCAGUUCCAAAUAUAUAAAUUAAAUUUCUCGUUAAAAUUUUUCGUUAUUUUCACAGCGUCGCGUGGUUACUGGUUUCGUAAUGUCUGUGUUAAUGUUCGUGUUGCCCAUGAUCCUACUUCAGGGAACAGCUUUUGCCGCUGAACAGCCCUGUUCUACCAAGAUUAAGUGCCCAUCGAAGACGUUAGAAAGAGGGAAGGUAGUACAAUUAGUCUUAAAGAAGGUCAUAAAUCCAGGUAUACCAAGUGUGUUUGGUCUACCCUCGGAGUCAUCAAGAUGGUACCACUGUUUCAUUCCAGCGUGUUUAUCGAGCCCCUGUCAACAUGGAGGAACCUGUGAGGAAACAGAUAAGGGGUUUAAGUGCACUUGCCUGGAUAGCUACUGUGGAGACAGAUGCGAGUACGACCCGUUCAUCCAUUCCUUGAGACUAGUCGGUGGAAGUGAAGGCGAAGGACGAAUAGUUAUCACAUCUCGUUCUCGCCCUGCAACCUACAUGUUAAUCCAUCAAGUAAACUGGUCCAGGAACGCAUCCCAGUUAGUCUGCAAGUAUCUAGGCUAUGAAGAUGUAUAUGCGACGGUAGGAGGAGAUCUCUAUGAGAUGUCGUCCUUAGAUAAUCAUUCUGAGGCUGUGACUGUGAGAUGUCCAGUCAACGUGACUAACAUUACAACCUGUUGGUACGAGGAGACGUCGGUGAUGAACCGUAAGGAGGGGAGUGUAGCUGUUGUUUGCUGUACAUUGAACCUGUGCAGCACACCACGGGGUAAUCCAGUUGGUCUAGAAAGCGGUAAGGUUCCUGACAGCGAUAUUACAGUCUCGAGUGAACGGGAUCCUAAUGUGAGUAGACUAAAAGCACGUCUUAACAGUCCUUCUGCGUGGAUCGCAGAAAGGCAUGACAGAGACCCCUGGCUUCAGAUCAAAUUUGAUUCCACAUUUAUCAUCACCGCCAUCAUGACGCAAGGCAGUGCAGAAUUUAACCAAUGGACAUCGUACACAGUUUCUUCCAGUCUGGACGAAGCAUCUUGGACCUACUACCGGGAUAUCAACACCAACAUAGUCAAGGUCUACACAGGAAACUACGACCAAAAUAGUUCUGUUGUACACACCAUCUUUACGCCGAUCGAAUGCCGAUUCUUUCGUAUCUAUCCCAAGACAGCCCAUGGUGUAUACGUGGCCCUCAGGCUAGAGCUCACUGGCUACGGACCUCUCAAUGACUUAUUAGCUGCGAUGAACCAGGAAGAAGUUAGCUGUUCACGUCCUAUCCGAGGGGAAGGAAUGGGAGUGGAAGAUGGACGAAUCCCAGACUCUAGUCUCACCUCCUCGUCGAGGUAUAAUAAUGCUUACACUGCAUCAGAUGGAAGAUUGAACGGUGGAGUGACGGCUGACAUAAAAGCAGCAUGGGUUGCCAGGAAUGAUGACAAAGAUAAACGGGUCAAGAUAGAUCUUGGAAAGACCUCUACCGUCACUGGUGUUAUCGUACAAGGCAGAUACGGGUCGGUACAAUGGAUUACUUCUGUCAAGGUGUCCUAUUCGCUGGAUGACGUGACAUGGACCUAUGCUUUGGAACCACAAUGUGGUGAACAAAAAGUCUACGCAGCAAACUACGAUAACACCACUCCCGAGACCAUACUGUUCCCUCGACCAAUCACAGCUCGAUACGUCAGAAUACACCCACUCACGUGGAAGAUUCACCAGGCCAUGAGAUAUGAAGUUCUUGGCAUAGCUGAAUAGACGGCAGUUUUACAGCAUGAAGACUUAUACUAAAUUUUAUUGUUUUGAUGUUUUUUAUUUUCAUCAUCAUCAUGAUUAUUAUCAUGAACA